UCUGGGAGAGGGGUGGUCACUGAUGUCUUACAGGAGCCCUUGGUAGGUAGAGCCCACCACGGCAUCCCCUAGACCCCACCAUGUUCCUCUUCUCCCGUAAGACCAAGACUCCCAUCAGCACCUACAGUGACUCCUACAGGGCUCCUACCUCCAUCAAGGAGGUCUAUAAGGACCCACCUCUGUGGGCCUGGGAAGCCAACAAGUUUGUGACCCCGGGCCUGACUCAGACUGCGCAGCGCCACGUGGAUCCUGAAGCCCUACAGAAGAUGGUCAAAUGUGCUGCGCAGGACUACACCUAUAAGGGUUCCAUUCCAGGCCACCCUUACUUGCCUGAGAAAUACUGGGUCUCUCAAGAGGAAGCAGACAAAUGCACCCCAAACUACCUGUGCAGUAACCGGUAUAACACACGGAGGAUGGGACUUUACAACUGCACCGGCUGGAACAAAUAUGCCACGUGCCUUCCCCGGCUGCCUAAGGAGGCCGGGAUGGAGACAGCAGUACGAGGAAUGCCCUUGGAGUACCCUCCUAAACCGGAGCGACUUAAUGCCUACGAGCGCGACGUGGUGGUGAACAUGCUGAACUCGCUGUCACGGAACCAGCCGCUGCCGCAGAUCGCGCCCCGGUGCGGGUGCGUGGACCCGCUGCCGGGCCGCCUGCCCUUCCAGGGUUAUGAGAGCGCUUGCUCGGGCCGCCACUACUGUCUGCGCGGGAUGGACUACUACGCCACCGGCCCGCCCUGCACCGAGCGCCGCCUGCGGCCUCUGUGCGCAGAGCUGCCGACUGUAAGGAGUGUAUUGCCCUACGAGCACCGGCCCGGAAUGCAGUGUGCUGUUAUAACUCCCCCGCCGUCAUACUACCCAUGUCCGAACCUUAGAUGGGACACAAGUCACUUCAAGAAGACCGGUGGCCUCCAGAGAAACAACUAUGUUGUCCACCCUGAGUUUGUGUCUGAGACCUAUCCCGACUACCACUGCUGGUAGAGCCUGGGCUGGCCGGGCCAAGGGGGCUGAGCAAUCAAUAAAUUCUU